AUGUCAGAUGACAAGGAUAAGGCUGAACAGAUCUCUUGGCGCUACCAGUUCGUCUUGACAAAUGAACCCGAUUUUUUCCCACCUACUUGUGAGGACGAAGAAACGCAUACCAAUAAAACAGCCUUCCUCACCGAAGCAAUCGUUCAGAAAGAGUUACUAAACCUGAAGUUAUCAACUUCCGCAGGUCCUGAUGCAAUCCCGGCCAAGUUACGGAAGGACCUGGCCUCGGAAACGUCCAAAGCGUUAAGCCUGCUUCUCCAAACUUCAUUUGCUACUGGGUGCCUACCCUCCUAUUGGAAGACCGCUACCAUCAGUCCGCUUUUUAAGGACGGAAGUCGUGCGUCUGUGAAUAACGACAGGUCAGUGGGUCUUACCUCCAUCUGUUGCCAAAUCAUGGAUAAGAUCAUUAAAAAAGCUUUGAUGCAGUUCCUCGAGCAGCAUCACCUCCUACCCGAUGCCCAACAGGACUUUCGAAGUGAUAGGCCCUGUCUCACAACUCUGUUUUUUUCACUCGAAUGCUGGACUAAUGCACGCUACGUAGGCAAUUCAGUGCACACCAUCUACGUGGACUUCAAAAAGGCCUUCGACAGCGUCCCUCAUCAACGUCUCUUGCACUAG